GGAUGUCGUGUCAGGGCUAGAGCCCUUCCCUCUCCCAUGAGCCUGUGUGCCCACACACACCCACGGCGCCCCCACACACACACACGGCGCCCCCACAAACACACAGACACACGGCGCUGACGUUGUGAAGUGGACCCUCGGAAACAGACCGGAGCAGAACCGGAUCAAACCAGCCUGUGGGCCGGCGGGGCGGAACCUGAGGAUGUCAACAGAGGCGGAACUACAGCCAGCUGUCAGGCCCAGUGUCAGGAGAGACUCCAGGAGGAAAGGGCAGGAUCGUAGCGAGGCCGGGUUGAUCAGGCGGUUUAAGGGGGAUGGCGUUCGCUACAAGGCUAAACUCAUCGGUCUGGAUGAAGUCACGGCCGCGAGGGGAGACAAACUUUGUCAAGACUCCAUGAUGAAGCUCAAGGGUAUAGCAGCAGCAGGGCGGUCUAAAGGAGACCACAAACAGAAGGUGUUUCUAACUGUCUCCUUUGGAGGGAUCAAGAUCUUUGAUGAGAAGUUUGGGGUCCUCCAGCACCACCAUGCGGUCCAUGAGAUCUCUUACAUCGCUAAGGACAUCACAGACCACCGAGCCUUUGGUUAUGUCUGUGGGAAAGAGGGCAACCACCGCUUCGUAGCCAUCAAGACAGCACAGUCUGCAGAACCAGUGAUCCUGGACCUCCGGGACCUGUUCCAGCUCAUCUAUGACAUCAAACAGAGGGAGGAGAUGGAGAAGAAAGCCCAGAAAGACAAACAGUGUGAACAGGCUGUGUACCAGACUAUUCUGGAAGAAGAUUUGGAGGAUCCGGUCUACCAGUACAUUGUGUUUGAGGCGGGACACGAGCCCAUCCGUGACCAAUCAGAAGAGAGCAUUUAUCAGGUUCCGACCAGUCAACAGAAGGAGGGGGUAUAUGACGUCCCCAAGAGACACCCAAUGUCAAAUAUCAACCAAUUAGAGCUCUUUGGAGACAUCUCCACACUCCCGGACAUCUACUCCCCCUCGACCCCUGCCUCUCCAGCCAACACCCUGGACCUCUCUCUGGGCCUGCAGCCCACAACCGAACUCUUCACCCCCUUCAACCCAGCCUCCGUACCCUCAGGUUAUGUGACGAUGGGAGCGGUACCUCCAGGUCAGGUGUGGUCCCAGCAGGCGUUUGCAGCCCAGGCAGGUCCUCUGUUCGGGGUCCCGUCCCCCCUGGGUCAGUCCCUCCCUGUGGCCCAGGUUAUGCCUGGAGGCCAGCCUCUCAUCUGGGGCCAGGCCAACCUCUUCCCUGCUACACAGCAGCAGUGGGCCGCCAUGACUGGAGCAGGGUUCCCUGCUACAGCCUACCUCCCAACCCAGCCAGGGUCUCUGCCUGCCAUGUUCCUCCCAGUCAAUCAACCCUGCGACAGCCUAUCAUCUGCCGGCGCUGCCUCGAACCCCGCCCCCUCAUCAGCCUCCAGUCCACAGCAUGCAGAGAGGCAGCGGCAGAAGAUGAGCAAGGAGAUGUUUAAGGACUUCCAGCUAGCGAAGCCCCCUGCCAUGCCUGCUAAGAUGGGGGACCAGCACCAAAGUCUAGCGGGGACCUCAGAGGCCUUCGGUUCCUAUUUCAGCCGCGUGGGGACCGUCACCGAUACAGACGACUGUGACGACUUUGACAUCUCUCAGCUCAACCUCACUCCUGUCACCUCCACCACGCCAUCCACUAACUCACCUCCGACCCCGGCCCCCAGACAGAGUUCUCCAUCUAAAUCGUCACUGUCUCACGUUAGUGACCACAUUGACCACAUCAGUGACCCUCCCACAGACGCCACCGACCCCCCCACAGAUGACUCGUUCGGCGAGGUAGAGGGCUCCCCCAGUCGCAGUGGAGAGGAGGAUGCGGGGAAGGAUCUCUGUAUGCAGGGGAAGGAUCCUCUCUACGCCCAGGUCAACAAAGGGAAGAAAUAAAGAGACACACUGAACACUGGACACUGGACUGACCAACCAACGCUGACCAACCAACCCGAUGUGUGUGUGUGUGUGUGUGUGUUACUCCUCUCAAGCAGCAGCCUGGCCACCCCUCUAUCAAAGGAUAGAACGCUCCAUCUACUCCCUCUACUCUCUUUUCAUUCAUUCCUUUCAUCUCUCCGUCUCUCUCUCUCUCUCUCCCUCCAUCAAAUGUUGCUAGAGACUAUGCUGCCAAAAGGGGGCUGGGCCAAGUGUUGUCUCCCUUCCUAACUCACACAGUGUUAUCAGACAUGGACCAAAUUAGUGUCUGUAGCAAGUGGAUCCUGUGGGACGAGCCAGGAAUGGUAUGCUGGGAUCCUUAUUUUGGAUUAGCCAGUAUAUUGGGAUCUUGGCAUCUGGUUGGCUGUUUGAGUGUUUCACCUUCAUGUGAGCAUCUGCUGGAUGACUAUGCAGACUCUCUGGGAACAGACUCUCUGGGAGCUACUCACACACACACACACCGACACAGUGUUUUGCCAAAUGUCUCUUCUCCGACAGAUUCAGAGGGAAGGCUUCAGAGGGAAUGGACUCAGCGGGGCAUGGAUGUUGCCAGCCUAACGGGCACCGCCUGGCAUGGACGAACAUUGCCAAAUUACCGGGCACCCCCGCCUUCGGAUGGAUGUUGCCAAACUAACUGAUUCUGUGAUUGAACUGCUCAUUCUCUAUAAUAGCUUUUGUACAAUAUCGAUUAAAACAGACAAGGGGAAAUUGAGUUUUUAUUUUAUAAAUCCAUCAAGACGCUCUACUGUCAGCUCUACCGGAGUUGCACAGUCACAUGGCUUUAAGAGACCUGAUCGUUGGUUUGCCAAACUCAUUUUGUAAAUAAUAAUAAUAAUAACAACAACAACAACAAUGAUCAUGCUGUCCGCAGGACUUCUGUGCCAUAAAAUAGGCAGGCUUCAGUUAUGCAACCAGAAGGUAUCAAGCAAUACCAACAUCUCCUCUGUCUGUCUGUCUGUCCAGGUUUCUGUUGCUCUCUCAACCCCUGACGUUGUUUGGUCUAUGAUCCUAUAAGUGUCUUUCCCUAACUCAGACCUCGUCUACACUGCAGUCCUUUGUUGAUCAAUAUCCAUGUGCCCUGUAACCUCGUACAGUCAUACCAUCAUCCUGUCUGUGCGUCAUAUAAUCUCUCAGUCUGAGUGACAGGAGCAUUACCCAUCAUCACAACCACACCAGACACUCCCUACAGCUGUAUGUCUGUCAUCGGCCCCUAGUCCUGCUCGGCUGUCUGUCUCCAUGUCUGUCUGUCUGCCGGUCUAUCCGUCCGUCUGUCUCUGCUAGUACUACAUCAACUGUGAUGCCAAUGACUCCCUAUUUUAUGGCCAGAAUCUCUGUGUAAUUAGACUUCUCUGGACUGACAACUGAUUAAUAACGACGUUUGGACAAUAGAAGAAGAAGAUGAGGAAGUGGACUAAAAGGGGGAAAAAAUGCUGUUUGAUUACGUAACAUUUCUAGACAUAUUUUAACCUUACCUCAGAUAACGGUUUCUUAAUGUAAAUUGACACAUUAUUUUUAUCUUUAUGAAUACAACAGCAUUCUACAGUGGAUUUUUAGAGGACUUUUAUUUUCUGUUGAUUUACAUCUCCACCAUGUAUUACAGUUCCUAUUAAACACAUCCCAAUGACA